UAUUAAUGGAACCACAAACCCAGCAACCAACGGAGGAUGGAGGAAGCAACAAAGCAGCCGGGAGCAGUGCUACCAUGCAUUGCAGGCGGAGCAGUACCAGGUGGGUUCCUACUCCAGAUCAGAUAAGAAUCCUCAAGGAGUUUUAUGACAAUGGAGUUAAGAACCCAACUCCAGAGCAGGUUCAGGGGAUCUGUCUCCAGCUGAAACAGUACGGAAAGGUCGAGAACAAGAACGUCUAUUAUUGGUUCCAGAACCACAAGUCUCGGGAGAGGCAGAAGAAGAGGUUCACUUCGGAUGUUCAUGUGCCCAUGGGAACUAGUUCUACUGAUGCUAGUGGAUCCAUUAGUCUCAAUUUUGGGUCAACUAGUUCUACUGGUUUUGGUGGAUCCAUUGAUCUCAAUUUUGGGUCAACUAGUUCUAUUGGUGUUGAUGGAUCCAUUAAUCUCAAUUUUGGGUCAACUAGUUCUACUUUCAUGAAACAUCGAGGAGAAGAUCACCAGGAGAUUGAAACCCUUCCACUGUUCCCCAUGCAUGGUGAGGACAUCUUUGGCAACAUGAAGACUACUUCCGAGGGAGGUAGCGGUUAUGGCGGUGGCUCUCGCAUUUCCCUUGAGCUCAGUCUCAACUCCUCCGGAGCUGCUGAUUUGGCAUAGUACAGUGUAUUAUUAUUAUUAUUAUUAUUAUUAUUAUUAUUUUUUUUUUUUUUUGUAAAUAGCUGAAUUUAAUAAGACUGAAUGAAUGCAUUUUUUUUUUUUUUUUUUUUUUAAUAUAUAGGACUCAAAAAUAUUUAUAGGACUCAAAAUGAAAGACAAAAAUAUUUAUAGGAUUCAAAAUGAAAGACAAAAAUAUAAAUCCCUUCCCCCACACUUAAAUAUUGCAUUAUCCUCAAUGUAAUCAAUUAAAAGCAUGCAAUGAAAUAAGUAAGCAUAGAUAGAAGACAUUUACGAAAACAAAUCCUAAAAUAAAAACAAAAGAGAAAAAUUGAAAAAUAAAAAGAAAUAGGGAAAGAGAAAGCAAAUCUGAUUAUAUUCUGAAUUG